UAUAACAUUUUACUAACAUUCUUUUAUGCCGUGUGGACCAUUCGUAUUAUGGCAGAAAUGCAAUAAAGCUGUCAAUCGCAGUCAAUUACACAUUUUAAACUCACUACUUUAAACGAUAUUAUUUUGUUUGUAUUUUUUAUAAUCAUACUAAUACUUUGGGUUGUAUUGUAUAUUGUAUAUUAUAUUGUAUGUAUUGUACUUUACAAAAUAUAGCCAUAAGAUCUACAACAAAAUUGCAUUCGAACCAGGAGGAAACCGGAUGUGUGUUACAGUGACCCCUCUCAUGGUGCCUGCUUCUUCUCUGGAUACUUGGAGCAGCUGUCAGGAUGUGCGCACUGUGUACAGAGUAGAGUGGAGCGUCACGACAGACAGGGGGAGGCUUUGUGCGGGGAUAACGGCUUAAAAUGCGGCUCAGCGACGCUCUCCGCAGUAUCUCACACUGUCCCGUGCACUCUACGUGUCAAUACAUUUAGUGCGUCAGACAGGCAGAGGGAUUUACUCGCUUGUUUUUUUAAUCUCCAGCGCUGACGGCGGACUGUUGUGUCCACUCCACACGGUCCGUCCGACUCAACUAGUUCAGACAUGAGUAACGUUAAUCUGAUUUUUUGGGACCAGUUGCAGGCUGGCAGCUCGGACGUGGAUUGGUGCGAAGGGAAUUACCUUAUUUACCCCAGCAUCGCUGAAUUUUACAACACGAUCAGCAACAUAUUGUUUUUUGUUUUACCGCCCAUAUUAAUGUGCUUGUUCCGCCAAUAUGCAACACAUUUCAACAGUGGGAUCUACCUCAUAUGGAUUCUGCUUGUUGUGGUCGGUAUUGGAUCCACAUAUUUCCACGCCACCCUCAGCUUCCUGGGCCAGAUGCUGGACGAGCUGGCCAUCCUAUGGGUUCUCAUGUCUGCCAUCGCCAUGUGGUUCCCCAAGAGAUAUCUACCUCGGAUGUUCAGGAGGGAUCGGUCAAGGUUCAAGGUGGUCAUUGGCAUCCUGUCAGGCAUCACCACAGGGUUGGCCUUUGUCAAACCUGUCAUCAACUCACUGUCACUCAUGACUCUGGGAAUCCCCUGCACCGCGCUGCUCAUCACUGAGCUCAAAAGGUGUGAAAACCCUCGUGUGUUCAAGCUGGGCUUGAUCUCAGGGAUCUGGUGGGCGCUGGCUCUGCUCUGCUGGAUCAGUGACAGGAUAUUCUGUGAAAUGUGGUCGUCUGUCAACUUUCCAUAUUUACACUGUGCUUGGCACAUCCUCAUAUGUCUGGCCUCGUACCUGGGCUGCGUUUGCUUCGCCUACUUCGACGUCGCCACCGAGGCUCCGGAGCGAGGCCCGGUCAUCAUGUUCUGGCCCAACGAAAAGUGGGCCUUCAUCGGUGUGCCCUACGUCUCCCUGCUCUGUGUCCACAAGAAAUCUACCAUUAAGGUGACUUAGGGUGACCUGGAUCGGCAGCUCAGACACACAUCUGUCACCUGAAUGCUUGGAAACACAACACACACACACACACACACACAACUGUGGAAAAGCUGGCUGACUUUCCCUGGUGCUGCAGUGACUGGAUGAUUGACAGGGUCCUGCCUCAGAGGGCGAUUCUCUGUGUAGAAAAUCAGUCACUAACACGACGACACGACAUCAAGGCUCCGAAACCUUCCCGGUGUUUCCUAAGGCGUUCUCAGGCUUUUGCGUGAGUGAUUUUGUACAUUUGAUAUUGACACUUAAACCUAAACUAAAACCACUUUAUAAAGCAUUGUUGUUACCUUUAUACACAGACGUGCAGCGCCUCAUCAGUGUUUACAAGAACAGAAAAACACUGGAAACAUUUAAUGUGAUAAAAACAAAACAGAACAAACCACAGGUCACAAAGACUUAUGUAUUUUAAAUACAUAAUGGAUACAUGCUGUUACUCCUGCCUUUUGUAUUAACUGGAAUUGAAAUGGCACAUCUCCAGCAACUUUUUUUUUUUUAAACCUGCAUGAUUGUAGAAAAUUUAAUAUAUUAUAGAAAGAAUAUGAAGUAUGCUAUUCUUGGGAAAUCUUUUAUUAUAACAGAAUAUACUGUAGGUACCCAAUGGUUUUGGCCAACAACUAAAGAUAAAAAAAAGAAAAAAGAAUGUGGAAUAGGAAUGUAUUAAAACAAAACAAUUGACAAAUCAAGUAAAAUCACUUCUUAUUUUGCACCAAAUAUCAAAUGUUUUUUUUUUAUAAAAAUCUCUAUUUUUCUGCACAGUGCGUAGCAUUUCAAGACACAAUUUGUGCAAUUCAUUGUUUCAUAGUUAAUGAUUCAUUGUACUGAUCUAAUGAUGAAGGUUCUCAACUCCUGACCUGCUUUUUGUGGGUUGUUUAUUCCAAUCCCAGCAUUUUAAACGGUGCAUUAAACAUGACUGAAGUGAUGUGAGACAGAAGCCUUAACUGAAUCACUUUGUACCAGUGUCAUCACAGCAGCAGUCACUGGAUUUACAGCACAUUACUGCGUGCUCUACAGCCGGCCAAUCAGUGGGAAGAGGAGAAAUGUUUUUUUUUAUUACCUCAUACAUGAAAGUAAAUCUCAACGUUGAGUUAAAAGUGUAUUACUUUGGUGGAUACAUGUCACCAGAGAUAUUUCACCUCAGAUCUUUGUACGUGUUGUCACAAACUGCCUCAAGCUGCUCUUUUACUCUUCUGCCGAGGCUUCUGGCAACAAAACAAACUGCAAACAUAAUGAAGAAUCACAGACUUUUUCCUACAACUAAGAAGUGAUGCUUUUCUUUUUGAACCAACAUGAAGUAUUUUGUUAAGUCCAAAGCCAUAUAUAUUUUUCUAAGUGAAGUGCAGCCAAAUUAAAAUAAAACUUUUUUUUUGAUAGUGUGGCAUUAUAACCUUAGCUUAUGUUGUUAGAACCAGUUCAUUUUGCUAUGUUUAUCUUUAAGAAAAACACACAUUUGAAGCCAUUGUGUUUAUACAUGUUUGUACAAAAAAAAUGAAGUCAGUUAAUCAUUAGAUGAAGGACUUGGCUGGAACUGUGCAGCGUCUUUAAAGCUACAACAUAGCAUGAGACGUGAUAAAUGUCACGUGACAAGGAAUUGUCGUGUUUUGCAAAUGUGUUUGUUCAUACGAGCCCUUGUUUUCUGCUUGGAUUGACGACAUGACGACCUGCAUACAUAUAUUUAUUUUCAUAAUUUAUCCUGUUUUGUAAAGUAAUAUUUGUAACAGAUUGAAGCUAUUGUACUUUAUUUUCUGCAAUAAACCAAACCAGUACUCAA